CUCCAUCACCUUAUGAUUCUAACUUUGACCCUUGUUACAACCACACUAUUCUCAAUGAAGACUGGAGAAACAUACAUCAGUUCUACUGGAAUGAUAACUAUGGUCAUGACGACACCACUGUUGAGUGGGAGGGAUGGUACCGGUUUUAUCUCCAAGGAAGAAGUGCUCAGAUAUCUGAGGGAUGUGUAAGCUACAGCAGAUGUGGUGGUCAUACUCCACUGGUGCUUGGUGGCUCUCAACCACGAGAACAGGAUGGCAUUGUUACACAAAGUGUUCUGGCGUUCUCUGAUACCAACUGCAAUUCAUCGUCCCAAUCCAAACCAAUCCAAGUGAAGGCCUGUCCAGGACAUUACUACGUCAACAAACUCGUCAGGCCAGAUGUGUCCAAUACAAUGCCAACAUACUGCGCAGUGGCUUACAAUUACCCAAGCACUGACCCCUGUGAUAACUACAAUGUACUGGACCAGUCCUGGAGAGCCACAGACAAUGCAGAACGGAACUAUUACUAUUACUACUGGUUGUGGUGGUACGCAUGGUGCGACAGCGAGACAAGCUGGAACGGAUGGUAUCGUCUUCUGUAUCACGGCAAUAACAUCCGGAUGCCAGAGUCAUGUGUUAAUCAGGGCAUGUGUGGCACUGAUGUCCCUCUCUGGCUGAAUGGUUCUCAUCCUCGACUGGAAGAUGGAGUGGUCAGUCGGCAGGUCUGUGGGAGCUGGUACGGUGACUGCUGCUAUUUUAAAUCCUUCCCCAUUCAAGUGAAAGCCUGUCCUGGAAAUUACUAUGUAUAUGAGUUUGUCAGUCCAGUCACCUGUUCAUCAGCAUAUUGUGCAGAUGUUGCACAUAUUACUAUGACUGAGGCCCCAACUACAGCAAUGGUGGACCCCUGUAAAGAGCUGAACUGCACUGCAGACGAGUGGUGUGGGGAGAGCAAUGGGGUCUAUGGCUGCUUCUGUAAUGAGAACAAUCCCAGACCAGGCAACGACUCUUAUGACUCCAAAGAAGAGUGUGAGAGCAGCUCUGGCACUAUGUCUCUGUCCCGCUGUCAGCUCUUUGAAGCUGGUUUCUCUGCUGACCUCCUGCACCUGAGUGACCCCAACUGCACAGGGACAAUCCAGAACGGCAGACUGGUCUUCCAUUUUAAUAACGAUGACCAUAUCUGUGGCACCAGUCUCACGGGCAACGGGACCCACUUCAUCUAUGAGAACACUAUCCAGGGGGGAGCAGACUCAGGAGGAGGGCCCAUUCACAGAAAGAAAUAUCUGGAACUGCAGUUCUCCUGCAUUUAUCAGAUCAGCCAGACCCUGGACACCGAAUUAACCCCUCUGCAGAGCGUAGUGCACAAGAACCUUCCAAAUGGUCAGGGGAUGUACCAGGUUCGGAUCGUUCCCUAUCAGGAUGCUGCCCUCUCCCAACCUUACAACGGCAGUGUGAAGAUAGUGGUGGACGAGAGGAUCUAUGUGGGAGUGUUUGUUCAGGGGGUGGACAGUCGUCAGAUUGCCACAGUGAUAGACUCAUGUUGGGCCACUUCUGAGAAGGACCAGCACCAUGCUGUCCGCUGGGAUCUCAUCACUAACAGGUGUCCUAAUUCAGCAGAUAAGACAGUGGAAGUUCUUCAGAAUGGUGUCUCCACUACUGGCCUUUUCUCCUUCAAGAUGUUUGCCUUUAACGGGAACUACCAGAAGGUUUUCCUUCAUUGCUCCAUUUACCUUUGCCUUCUGCAAAACAACAACUGUGCAGCGGUGAGAUUUACACACCACAGCAUAGAAAAGAAGAAGCAAAAGCAGAAAGCAAAAGCAGCAAAAGGAAGGCAGUCAGUGUGCCUGGCAGGUUUUGGGGCGGCCACUGAGCUCAAAGUAGUGGUGGUGGGAUCAGAGAACUGA